AUGAUCAUUCACUCCUACCUUAUCGUUAAGGCAAGUCCAUUUUCUACCAUUUCAAGAAAAGAGCAAAGUCUUCUUCGACGGAAUGAGACGCUUAAAGCUGCAAGAAUGCUGAUACGAGUGAUGGGCAACAUUAGCAGAUUUCCUGCACAUGUGGUGCCAAUUUUGACAUCAACGGUAGUUGUGUGCUCCAAAGCUGGCCUAAAAGCGGCAGCCCAUCGCGCAGCUGUCAUGCUUAUGCAACCUGAAUAUCGCCAGAAGAUCGACGCAAAAUACAAGAAAAAGAUCGAGGUAUUUGUUAGGCACUCAGACAGAGGCGAGGAUCCGGAAGAAGCACGGCUUCCAUGCCCACAUUGCGCAUAUCCGGUACCAGAAACUAUACUUGCAUGCGAUAAUUGCAAGUCAACAAUACCUUACUGUAUAGUUACGGGUCGCCACGUAGUUGAUUCCGAUUUUGCUCAGUGUCCAUCGUGCAAUUUUCCCGGAUUUUUCUCAGAAUUGAAGAAACUGCUUGCUCUCAACGAAAUGUGUCCUAUGUGUUCGUCACCGCUCAAUGAUACGAUACCAGGCGAUAUUGCAGCAUUUCUCCAUAAAGACAGACAAAACAUGGAACAAAUGUCUAUAAAGUCUUCGUAA